UCAAAAUGUGUUUCAGCUUUUUUUUUUUUUUAGCAUACACAAUGAAUUGAUAAAUUGUUACCAGAAACAUAUGAACUAAUCCAUAAAAUAUUCUCAAUAUUCUCCUUUUGCCAGUAAAAUUCAUGGAGCUGCUUUGCUCCUCAGGCUGGGAUAGAAAAUAAAAAAAAGAGAAAGAGGGGAAGAUCUGAAUGUCAAUAGGGGCUGAUUCAAGCCAUCAUCAUCAUCAUCAUCAUCAUCCCAACAUCACCGCCCAGGGCAGCAGACAGGCCAGAACCGCCUCUGGUCAUCUAACAUCAGCACAGCCUGUGUGUGAGGUCAACGCUGUUCUGGGGCCCCUGGAAAAGUUUAGGAACCUGUGAUCCAACCAAAGAAUCUUUCUUGUUUCUGCUCAGCUGAAGUUUAGUCUGUUUAUGUUGUUCAUGAAUUUUCUCCUGAUGCAGCUUUGCUGCCCUCGCUCCUCUCAGGUCUCCUUUGUGGGACGGUGUCAGAUGUGCUGCAGGUGGCCCCUGCAUUAACCUUCACCCUGCAGCCUGUGAGCAGCAGGGCGGGACGCGGCGCUCAGAUCGGGUUCCAGCAGCCAUUAUGCAUGACAUCAGAGCCGCUGGACAGUUGUGCACAGCUGUGGCCAGAGCAGAGCAGGAACUGGAACAAAACGACCCAGUGAAAACGUGUUGUUUUUUUCUUUGAUCCAAAAGUAUAAAUCAAUCUGCUCAAGAUGAGGAAGAACCUGAUGAACGCUCUCAUCAUUAAUGAGAAAUCAAGACUGGGAAUGAUAGUUUUACCAGACGUGUGAAUUCUUAUUUUGCUGUUUCUUUAGCUGGAUUUGAACUUCCUGUUCAACAUUUAUAAAACGCCACCGGGUUUUUUUUUUUUUCUUCUUUUUUCCAACAUGACCAGAGAGGAAUGUGGAACAGGUGCUGGCUCCGUUUCCAGUCCGGCUCAAAAAGAGCAACUGCUGGCCGCACCUGUUCCCCACCAGUCUGGGAAACUGGACCCAGCUCCAAACAUCACAGAGCACCAACCAGUAUCGGCCGUUUCCUUUUUCAUCCCCUCACUCGCAGUCUGAAGGAUUACAGUCAUGAUUCUGCUACCAAAGAUCAUCCAAUAGAUGAGCCUGGUCUAAACACGGCGCUGAUGCCAAACCAAAACUACAGCCUCCCUGAUGACAGAAGUACACACCGUCACGCUAUGCUUCAGAGUGGUUUGGCGGAGAACCCGGGCUCCAGCCUAACCUGGUCAGCCAGUCCUGAACACGCUGCUGGAGCAGGAUGGGAAACAGCAACGCUUUUCUGUCCGGGAUCCAAGUCAGCGCUUCGGGUGGCUCCCAGCAGCGGCGAGGAGGAGAGGAAGGUGCAGAUGCAGGUGGAGCCGAACAGACAGGAAGUCUCCGAGGACAGCAGGAGGUGGGGGAGGGGGGACAUGGACGGGAUCAGGUUCAGGUUGGACUGCAGCGGCGGCACAAACGGAAAGACGAGACGCCGGGAUCGCUGGGUGGAGCAAACAUCUGCUGAAGGUGGAAGCUGAUUGGCUGCUGCCUCUCUGCACUGACAGGUGAGUCAUAGAUCAGAGCUCUAACUGGUUUCUGUGUUCAGGAAGUGAAACUCACACAGUCACUGUGACUGAGAGCAGAAAUGGAGCAGAAUCAGCUGGACAGUGAAACUUUCUCCUGUUCCAUCUGUCUGGAUCUACUGAAGGAUCUGGUGACUACUUCCUGUGGACACAGCUACUGUAUGAAUUG